UAUUUUUAAUAUCACGCCGAUGCCGACCGAUAAAAUCGAUCGUAAUUGGUGAAUCUAACCACAGCUGUCGAAGAGAAUGAAAUAGGUGAUCAGCAGCAGCCGCCUUGUGAAUCUGCAGUUUAAUCCAGAUACUGGCGGCUAUUAUACUUCCCCGACGCAGGUGAGCGAAGGGAUAAUCCACAUAGCGCAGACUUCGCUCGGGUUCCCUCACGUACAGAAGGAAGGAGAGAGAGACAACAGGCACCUGCCGUUGGAAAUAUAACGGACAUUAAAACUUCCCCCACUCGCCGUUUGAAAGUGAUAAAAGCUUCAAAGGAUUCAUGCGCCCCCACUUUAUUUUCUCUCUCUCUCUCUCUCCUCGCAACCCGGAUUGGAAUCUCUCCUUUUUCAAGACUGUCGCGAGUUUGGUUAGAAAAUACGCUACGUUUGGAUAGCUCUGUCAAGGAUUGCUGAAGGACACUGGUUUUCUACAGUCCAGAGCAUGCCACCUACAACAUUUUCAACAAGGACGAAGUUACCAAAAUUAAGUUACAGAAGAGCCCGAAGCAGAUACAGUUUUUUAGGUAGACCUGGCUACUCCCCCCUGACCCUUGUUCUGUAGAAAAGCUUAGGAACAGUCGGAGCCUUGGAAGAAGACUGGCAUUUCUCACUGAACUUAAUUUCAGGAAAGUGUUUUGCGAGAGACUGAUCACCACCCCAUCUGGCCAUCAGAAAACUUUUGUGACAGAUACUGAGCUACACUCUGACAAAGAGCUUGGAAGUGGUAAGAGAUUUGAAAGACUUCUGAAGUUGACACUGAACUGAUUCUUCAACACUUUUGUCGAUGCACACUGGUCUUUCCACAGAUGAUAUUGAAAGGCCUUGAUAAAACACAAUGAGCUUAAUUUUAUAAAGAGCAGAUACAGUAGAGGUUUGAAAGACAACGGGCUCUAAACUAACAAUUACUUUAAUAUAAUGUGUAUCUUGCAAUCAAAACAUUGAGAUAUACUUCAUUUAUUUCUUCUGCUACAGUUGUGAACUUGAACAAAAUGACAGAAAAGCACAUUGAAAUGAGAAUGAAAGAUGAUAACUUACGUUUAUGCGAGUCACAGAUUCUGUUUGGUACUACAACUGACAACUCCAUGUCAUCAUCCAUAAGUUAUGGCACGAACAAAGCUCUACAAAAAGGGACACAUAAAAGUAUGUUCAGUUGUGAUAAAUGCUGGCGCACCUUUUCCAAGAAGUCCCUUCUUUCUCUUCACAUGCGAAGUCAUACAGGUGAAAGACCUUAUGUUUGCAGUGUAUGCCAAAAGGGUUUUGCCCAAAAGGGGGACUUAACGAGGCACUCCAGACUUCACACAGGAGAAAAGCCUUUCAGGUGUGACAAAUGUGACAGGGCCUUCUCUCACAAAAGCAACUUAAGACAACAUUACAGUCUGCAUAAUGGUGAGCGACCAUUCAACUGUAAUUACUGUGGCAAAUCUUUCACACGCAUGACUGUCCUUAGGCAGCAUCAGAGGAUACAUAAUGGUCUAAAGCCUUACAAGUGUCAGCUUUGCCCAAAGGCAUUUCCCAGAAGAAGUGCUCUCAUUCAGCACAUCCGACAGCACACAGGUGACUGGCCUUUCAAGUGUGAUGCAUGCAACAAGGGAUUCUCUGACAAGAACCACUUGGCUUCCCACAUGAGAAGUCACAAUGGGGAAAAGCCAUUCCACUGUCAAUAUUGCAGGAAAGCUUUUUCAGAUAAAAGCAAUAUGAAAAGGCAUGAAAAGAUACACACACUGAACAAAAAUGAAUGCUUAAUAGAUGGAAAAUACGACACAAGUGCGCUUGCACCCGAGAAGGAAACACAAUUCACAAAAUUAGACCAUCAUCCUGAACCCUAUGUUGACAGGACAAAAAUACAGCUGGAGCCUGUCAGUUAUAAAUGUGAUCAUUGCCUGAAAGCCUUCACUCUUAAAAGUAACCUUACUAAGCAUAUACGACUCCACACAGGAGAGCAGCCAUAUUUGUGUAAUUACUGCAGUAGGGCUUUCUCUCACAAAAGUAACUUGACUCGGCACAUCAAACUCCACCUAACAAAUCAGAGCUACCCAUGUCUGAAGAACAAAAAUACACUUCAUAAUGAAGUCGGCUUCAAGCAGCAAGGAUAUGAUGAACAGCAUUUGCAAGGUGAAUCACUUCCAAGUCAGUUGAUGCAUCAUACCACCAGUGGAAAGCCCAAAAGAUGUACACCACUUAACAGCAGUCAAAAUGCAUUACUGGAUGCCAAAAUGAUCUCGUAUUUGUAUCAUCCAGCUUGCAGACAAGUCAAUGAAAUAUCUGGAAGAGAUGGUCUUUACUUGAGAAAUUUUGGAAAAGAAAAAGGACAUCAUCAGGAACAAAUACUACCUCAAAGCGAAGUUUCUUUUGCAAAAAUCUCAAUUUCAGCAAAUGAAGAUAUAUUUCCAGUGUCUAAUAUUCAUGACUUCCAGAGAUCAAAAGUGGACUUAAAGAAAUUAGUAAUGUCAGCCAGCACUUACAAAACAACAAAAAAAACAGCAGAUCCCAUCCAGCUUAGUCUUCCCAGUGAGUCAGGUUCAUUGACAGUUUUAAGAAAUCUAGAAACUUGUCUAUACAGUCCCCACAUCAAAGGGGAUAGAACACUAUCCUCUCAAAACAAUUAUUCCUUACAUAUAAAUAGUUCUACAACCAAUCCUUUAUACAGUUCUGAUUAUCAUCCUAAAACAAAUAGAAAUGUUCUAUCAAUUAACAAAAUGAUACUAAACCUCUCACACACCAACACUGACCAAAGAAGAAUAAACAAGUAUGAUCCUAGUUAUUCAAAGACUAGUACAAUCGGCUCAACAAAGACCGUAGAAAAGCAGCGUAUAGUACAUAAAAAUGCCUCAAUAGAUAUGCAAGAUUCAUAUGCAGACAUCUACCAACAGAACAGUUCUACUUUUCAUCAUAUUAGACAUGAAGAAGGAGAGGAUACAAAUUCAAAGGAGAGUAAUAUUAACUCGCAUAUUCUCACCAAGGAGGAAACUGCUAGACUCAUUCAUCCAGUCCCUCAAGUUGAUGACUGUGUUAUGGGUGAUCACAGAGAAAGAAAACCACUGACUGAGCCAUACAUCACUCACAAUGCAUACAUUCUAAAUGAUCAUUCUAGGCUACCUAACCAUGAAACACUGAACAGCAACCAAGUAAUGAGACCUGAAAAAGAGAACAAUUAUAAAAAAUGUGUUCCUGUAAAAGGACCCAGCAGAGCUCUACAGCACCACAAAGAAUCCAAAAAUCUUGCUCCACAGAAUAAAAAGAUUAGACCUGGCUUCAGAGUUAGACAAGUGUGUCAACAUAAAUUACAUAAAACCGGAAACAGCAUCCAUUACAUUUUGAACUGGAUAGCCGCUGUUCACGCAAGAAAACGUCUCCUGACUCGGGCUGUUCAUUGCAGUGAAUCAGAGGAAGAGGUGAGCAGAAAUGUUAACGUGGACGAACUGUGGAAACCAAGAGCAAGUUUCCACAACAUAAGGUCUAAAAUGCCUAGGGAAUGGAAACUUGAUCAUGUUAAAAGUGAACAUCCUCCAAAAACAGAAGUAACUAUGAGCAUCAAAUCAGAAUUUGAAGUUUCUGCAGAAUUUAUGGAAGAAUCAUGAUGUGACUAAAAAACCAGUGAAGUUUGUGAAAGUUGUACAUUUAAUAUUUAUUCAUUUACUCAUACUUUGUAUAUAUGUUUUUAGUUAUAUUCCUUAAUGACAACCCAUGAACACUUGAAUGAAAAUCUCAGAACUGCUGUACAUUUACAACCUACCAAUUAAUGUACAUAAUACAAACGUAAUAUAACCAAGGCAACAAUCAAUGUACAAGAAGUUUUGUUUAUAAUUAUUCUGAUGUAAUAAAUAUUAAAACUUUAAGGUAAAGUCUAAGCAAGAAAAUGUUAUGCUAUGCAUAAUCUACUUUUUGCAACCUAAUGCUAUAAACUUUCAUUAACUAUAUUGAUAAUGACUAUAAUCAGAAAACUAAAGACACGUUAAUGAUAAUAAAUAAAAAGGUUCCUACAAUAAUUACCUUUUCCUAUAUCUUUGGACCUAUAAAAAUUUAAUGUCGAGGCUAUAAAACCAUAAGAUAACCUUUGAAACAAAAAAAAUCCACUUUUCCAGAUGAACUUUACUUAGGCCUAAAGGUGAUACCGCUUUAUUUCAAGAGUUCAUAUCAUAAACCUGUGCCGAAAGAGCUGAAAUGAGUUUGUUCCAUCCCAUGCAUAGAUAGGGUAAUCUUAAAUCUGGUUCAAUGUAGAAGGAUAUGCCAAGUGUCAUUUUUUAACCAUUAAGUUCCAAUUGAUUGAUUGGUUGGAGGGAUGUAAAACAGCCCAAUUAUGCACUGGGGCCUUAAGGUUAUUUAUUCAUCAGCUCUAAGUAUAACAGUGAUGUGACACAUUAAAAAAUGAACACUAAAAUCCUGCAUUACACUUACCUUUCAGUAGGUACUAAUACUCCUUCCACUUAUUAUUCAUUAUGCUUAAGGCUGUUUUAAAAAAUAAGAGCAUUCAUUAGCCAACAGACUGCAAGUCUAUUUGUAGGUAGCGGGUUUCUGAAUCUUUUGGCAUGUACAGUAAUACUUCUUUAGGGUGUAAGGUAGGAGAAUCUUGAAAGACCGGCUGGAGGAGAGCAAAUUCUCUGGACCAGUAACCAGAACACUUAAUACAAAAUAAAUCUCAUAAUGAGUGAGGGGAGGCCAAGGUAGCCAAAAGAAUUCCCAUUGGUUUGAUAAGUUAGGAGAGACAGAGUUACUGAAGGUUACCUUCAAAGUUGGUCCCUAUACCAAGGAAAAAAGGGUUAGCAUGCAAAACUGACUUAGGGGAGGCUCACUAAUCCCUCAGCUCUGAAGGGGUGAGCAGCAGUCCCUGAUCCAAGGAAAAGGAAAACGACUGGCAGUAAAUGUGAGCACUCGUAAAGUCCAAGUCCGUACUGUAAAAAUGUUUUAAUAAAUUAUUACCAUUA